UUCUGUAUUUUCUCGCAGCUUGUUUCGGGUGCUCUCUUUCGUCAAUCAACAGCAAAAUGGAUUCUCAAGUCAAGUAUGCUUCUGUCGUCAAAGUUAUUGGCCGUACCGGUUCUAGAGGACAGGUGACUCAAGUUAGGGUGAGGUUUAAUGAUGAUCAUACCCGUCUCAUCACGAGGAACGUGAAAGGACCAGUCAGAGAAGGAGAUGUCCUCACUCUACUCGAGUCUGAAAGAGAAGCAAGGAGGUUGAGAUAGAGUUUUAAAAAGAAGUGUCAAGUUUGCGAUAAUGAAACCUUCAAUGUUUUGUGUUUUUGGUGGUAUUUGACAGUUGUUUGUGAUAAUGAAACCUUCAAUAUUUUGUGUUUUGGGUGUUAUUUAGCAGAUGUGAACUGUUAUUAUUUAAAUUUUAAUUAUUAACCACCUAUUUUGACUUUAUAUUUUA